AGACGCCAUAGUGACCGGCACUAACAAAGAGCUUAUUCCAUAAUCAUUGCCCCAGGGCAUUUCAUAUUUCUAUAUUAUUGUGUCACUCAGUAACAAAAUGCGUCAUUAAUUUACACCAUCAACACAUCAAGCUCCUAUAAAUGAAGAUGUUAGAUGAUCUAAAGAUGAUACAGCCGACAAGCAACCACAAGUUACUACGACACUCUGUCCCAGUGACAAGAAGCUAGAGACGCAUAUAUGUCGCAGUAUUCGAGGACCUAAAAAGUGAUACAGAGAACCAUCAAUCGUAGCUCAUCAACGCUUACCAAAAAACAUCUACACAGCUUCCAACAUGAAUAAGUGGACAAUUGUUGGUCAGAUAUUAAUGAUGGUUGUUGGUCUUGGAAACGGAAAAUCUUUGGGAGAAGAGCUCUAUCAUUAUAAACAGUUCAUGGAUCCCGUAGAUACAUGUUUGUUGGCCUGUUACACAUGCCAAAAUCUUUCGUCCGACAAUCUGAUGACGUGUGCGAAUCAGCUUUGCCUGUUUAACGUAGCAGUUGGACUCUCUAUUCCCCCCAUGUGGGUCAAGAAAUGCCCCGAAUUGCACAGUGUGAGCCUCGCAAGAAAAGUCUCAGAGAUGCACAACUUCGAACAAGACUUCGAGCCAUCCCUUAAUAUGAUUCCACAGAACGAGGUCCCCAAUGAAAUUAAUAUCAAAUAAAGGGAAAAGAUCGAUGGUGGACUCCAAAGCCGCUGAUUGGCUUAUGUAAAUAUGAGACUGGCUAUUGAUUGUAGAUCGUUAUCUAUAAUUUGUAAUUAUUUAUAUUGUUUUAAAUUGCUGAAUGCAUGUUAUUUUUACAAAAAUCUAUACUAAAGGUGACAUGCAAGAUAGAAUUUGCGAAACAAUCUGGGAUGAUAUUUCAUUCGGAUUUUACUCUAUCGACAUACGAUCCACCUCCCCGUAUCACAUCGAAACUUAAUCUUUGUAAAAAUAGAUACAAUGAACAACUUGAUUCGUCAAUAGUGACUUUGAUACAAACUUAAUUGUUAUGCCGCUUAAUUUACAAGGCGAGCAAAUUCAUUCAAUCAUAAUAUUCAAUGUUUCACAACUAGUUACUUUGACGGAACGUCAAUG